AAAUAAUAUACCAGGCUAUAGGAGAAAUGAUCGUUCUUGAUAACCAACCUUUUUCUGUUGUGGAGAAUAAAGGAUUCAAGAGAUUGUUUGCUGUCCUGGAACUCCUGGAACGAAAGUAUUGUAUACCCAGUCGGCCAUAUUUCAGCAAAACUCAUCACUGAGAUAUACGAAAAGUGUCAAAGUAGAGUAGCUAAAAUGUUAGCAGAUGCAAGAUUUAUUUCUUUCACAACAGACAUGUGGACUUCUGAUGUGAACAAUAAUAGCUUUAUAAGUUUAACUGGACAUUGGAUUUCCAGAAAUUUUGAACAAAAACAUUAUGUGCAGAGUAUUUGUGGUCUGGAUGGCAGUCAUGCAGAACGUUGUCGGAAAGCUUUGAGGGUAGAUUCAACUCGGAACGAAAAAAUCCUCAAAAUAAAAGUCUCUUUUUAGUAGAAGCAAUCUCGCCUUAAGGUAGCCGCCGUCAUUUUUUGCAUGAACUUGGCGUACGGUUUACUCUUUUUUAUAAAAA